UCCGCUACAGUUGUAAACGACCUCAUGGAACCUGCUGCCCGGUCCACACGCUGCUUGGUGGACAUUAGCUCGUCGGCAAAGAAGCUCGCGGUCUCGCCGUCCAAGAAGAAGCUCAGUCCCAACGCGACCCACAGCCUCUCCAAGCACAUUACGAUCGACAUUUUGCGCCCGCACUUUGAGAAGCCGCUGGCCGAAGUCGCCAAGCUCUUUGGCAUUUGCACGACGCUCAUGAAGAAGGUGUGCCGCCGCGUCGGUAUCCCGCGCUGGCCGCACCGCCACAUUCGCUCACUGCGCAAGAGCAUCCUCUCGAUGGAGACGGCGUCGACCAUGUUCGAAGGCGAAGACCGCGCCGCGUACGACAUUCAGAUCCGGAAACAGCACCGCCGCCUCGCCAUGCUGCUGCACAACCCGAACAGCAUCGACCUCGAGGACGACGACGAGGGCUCGCUGCCCGACGAGCCUAUGGUGUCGAGCCCGCCGUACCGGUCGUCGCACUCGUCGGCGACCGAGAUCCAGCCCAUCACAAAGCACGAAGCGCGCACGGAGCUCCCGAAGCUCAAGCCGUUUGACCUCUCGGUGCGCGAAAUCAACUACAUCAACUGCCAUCCGCACUACCAGCCGUACGAGCAACAUCAUCAUGCGAUCCAGCAGCAACACACCGAGUACGCUUACGCGCCGUCGCAUUACUACGCGUACGACUAUGCGCCGCCGCAGGACCGCGCACCUUCGCCGCUCAAGACCUUUCCGUCGCUCACACAAGCGGCGCCGCUCCCUACACUGCCGUCCAUCUCCACCUGGUAUUCUUAGUUAUUUAUUAGAAGACGGCAACAAUUAAUGCAUGCACAUUUUUAUUCCUUCC